GUACUUGUCGAUUUACGCAGAUUCUUCUUCUCUUUCGGCGGUACACUUUUGGCAUUAAGAGAAAUAAAUGAAUUAACAUUAUGAAUAAACGACAAUUAAAAAAGAAAAAAAGAAAAGAAGAAAACGCGACGCAGGUGGAAACGGGCACUCUGUGUCUGGCUUCGAGGACGUGAAAGUCGCACAGGUAGAUUCGCUUCGCUGAAGAAGCUGCAGACGAGGAAGAAGGUAGCGGACGAAAGAGAGAAAGAGGAAUGAGCGAAUGUUAAAAACGCGCGAGGUCGCGAGUCGGGAUGAAGUUCGGGAAGAGCGGUGUCCCGAAAGGAUCGAAAGGUAGGUCGAGGUAAAGCCGGUCCAUCAAAUUGGAAAAGAAAGAGAAAGAAGAAGGAACGAGUUGAAGAAGGCGAGUCAGAUGAAAGAAAGAAGGAACAGGAUGGAGAGAGAAAUUUUAAGGAAGAGAGGGGAGAACAGGAGUCGAGUGGACGGUAGAGCCGAGCAUGGUGGAAACGAGAAACGAAGACGUGACGUAUAUACUUUAGAAGAGUGUAGUAUAGUGCACCAUGGUGUAGUAUGGCAUAGUUAAAGUGGGAGAAACCGUGUAUGACCGUCCUCACGGUAAGCCAGUCCCGUGUGAACGACCGUGAAGCGAACCUCGAAUGAAACUCGAACGAAAUACGAUCAAACCUUGAGGGUUUUCGUUCGAUCGGCUCCAGGUUCCACUUUCUUUUAACAAGGGUCGACCGAACGAAUUGCUCGACCGGUAAAACAAAUCGUCGGCCGGAUCUAUGAUAAAAGAUACGUUAGAAAUUAGUAGUCCAGUGAUUAGAAAGUCAGAUAAUACUGUCAGCAAGUGUAAAUUCUGUGCAUAAGGUCUGUUCAAACGGAUUUGUGUGAUCGAAGGUCGAUUGUGCAUGAGGGAUCAGUGGCGGUUCUCGUGAUACUAGGUGAAGUGAUCGACGGAGGCUGCGUAAGAAUCAUGUAAGAAAAAAAGAAAAAAAUAGCAAAGCAAAGGUAGGACACGGUAUAAAAGAGAAAAAUGUUCAUUAUGAAAAAUAUAAAAAAUAAUCGUAUGCCGUUUAAAGUGGCGUAAAACUGGUAUCCCGAUUUCGAGGUCGUUGAGCGUUUCUAAAAUCCAAUUUCAAGUGAAACUUUCUGUCUAAUAAGGACACGCCGGUAUAUCUUCGUGCGACAUCAGCCCGCAUCGCGAGUCAUGGUGAAAUAUUAACGCGAUAUAAGCGGAAAGUAACGAGAAAUCUGGAUAGAAGACGACGUCGAUGUGCAAAAAGUAGUGAAAAUAAGGUGACGGUCCGAAGACAUACUACGUUGGCCGAAAAGCUGACGCGUACACCGGACCUAUCGGCGGCCAAGUAGGUCAACCGGCGUGCGCGAGAGUGCGAGACCGAAUAAAAGAGAAGAAAAAAGUCAUCGGGGGAAGGAUAAGACGAGGAAAGGAAAGAAUGGUGAGACGGGGGCAUUAAAGUUUCCACGAUGCCCGACGUUUUUACUCGGCAUAGCCUUGGAAACCAAAAUGGCGGCGAUCGGUUGGUACCGUGGCACGUUUCGCGACGAUAAAGACUGGUCCAGCCACCAACACUCUUGAAGAGGUCCUUCAAAGUGUCCUUGACAUUAAACCUGACCUUGAUCAGGACAAGCAACCGCGGCACAUUUCCACCGCAAACACGCCAAAGGAAUCAGGAUGGUAGGGCACGUGGGAUCCAAGAUCCUAGCGAUCUUGUCCAUCCAAAUAUUAUUAGGUGUCUCGGCUAUCCGGAACGAUCCAACGUCGUCUCGUUCCUCCCAAGACGACAUAAUUCUCAGUGCCAGUGCCUACACGGGACCAGAAAGAACCUCAAGUGUAUUCCAUCGUGAUGGAUCGCCGACUUUCCAAAGAACUGUUCCAGCGUUUCAACUGGAAAGCUCAAAGAGCGUCGAUAACUACGAUAAAGACGAUAUAAGAUUCGAGGUCAGAAAUACUAGGCACGAGGAAUCCAUCGAUGAACUGACUUCUUCAAAACACGUGGACCAUAUCGAUGGAAACAACAUCGAAGUUAGACCCGGUGAAUAUUACCACAUAUCUCCAACGACCAGUGAAUCCAUGUCGGGGGAAGGACUAGGGGCUCCGCAGGAAUCAAAACUCUUGUCGGAGCCCCAUCAACUGACCGGAGUGUCAAACCAACAGGCACAGUACUUACAGGCAAUAGAUCAACAAAGACGAGCUCGCCAAGAGAUUCCGAGGAUUUAUAGCGAUCACGCUCCACCACCUAUUCUGCAGACUGCCUCUCCUGGUUAUCGGCAAGCAAAUCCUGAUAUACAGGACAUUAUCACGGGUAUUGUCAAAUUGUUGAAUGGGAACGUGAACGUUGCUGCCAACACGGUGAGACCUUUGAGGCCGAUUCAGGCUACCAGAAUUAAUAACAGAGGACCACCGAGAAUAUCCGAUGUUCCACCAUUACCACCUGAUUUUGACACACCUGGAAUGAACCCACCCCCGCCGCCUGAUCAUCCUUAUCCUUUCGAAAAACCACCAGCGCCUGACAGACCACUGAUUAAUCAACUACCACCUGAACGUCCAAUUAGACCUUUCGUAAAUGGAGUUCCAUUACCAGAACAGAUUGUUCCCCAAGGAAAUCGCCCAUGGACCUGGAAUCGUCCUGGUGGAAAUAGACGACCAAUUCCUCCCUACAAACCGCUACCACCAUCGACGAAUUCCACUUUGAAUCGGGAGAAGGAACAAGACGACAAGACCUCGGAUAAGCCGCAUAUGGACCUGAAACCUGAACUUUCAUCGCUGGAAGAAUCCUCCACGAAACAGACAGAAACAGAUCAGACCGAAGCUUCUACGAACGCUUUGGAGCAUAUAACAAAGGGUCAAGAAGAGAACAGUAAACAAAAAGUUAAAACGGAAUCGAAGACCACGGAAAGACCAAUCUCUAAGAACACGACGAGAAAUGCCGAACCUGAACACUCAGCCAAAAAAGAAACUAAAUAUCAAGUUCCAUCUAAAGCAAAUACGACAUCUACGAUUCAGUCUAGUGACAAAACAAGUUUCACGAAGCACGUAGAUUCUCCAAAACCCGUGAUACCACUGGAUGUUCCAAUUAAACCUACGAAGGUUUCGAAGAUCAACGACUCUCAAGGAUCUAGUUCAAAUACGAACAACGAGAAGCCUAACAAUAAAGCGAAUAUUUCCAAAACAUCGACGAAAUCUUAUUCUACGUCAACGUUAAAUAUCGAAACGAUCUCGUCGGUUCAGGUAAUCGAACCAACACCCACGAAGCCGGUCGUUCAAUCGACUCCAGUUCCCACGAAUAAUGAUUCGAGUAAUACCGCAAGUGUAUCGAGUACAGUGGCUUUGGAACCGAGCAAGAUGUCUGUAUCAGAAAGCACAAUCGCUUCGAGCGUUCCAACUCCGACUGAGAAUUUACCUUCGUCUUUCACGAAGACCCCGACGGCCAUUGAGAAAAGUGUAGUUCAUUCGGCCUCGAAUACCUUCUCGAAGAGUUCAGCCCCUACGGAUCGCUACGCUUACAGACCCAGACCAGGGAUCGUCCUCGACGAUACCUUGGAUUACACAGGAACUCAAGGGCUGGCUACUCAACGACCUUACGCACCACCAAGACAUCCACCUCUCGGUGAUAUUUUUGAUGUCACGGUCUCGGCUAUUCAAGGUCCAGGUGGUGGAGGUUCGGGAGAGGGUGUUAGAGUACCAGUAAAUGGAGGAAACGCGGACGUGAUCCUAACUUCCGCGAUAGAGGGCCAAGGAUUCGUUAGCAUCGACGGGAAGAGAACGUACUUAAAUCUAUUUGAAAGUUCUGAUCGAACCUCGACACACGCGCAGACGCAACCUCAGCCCACUAGAACUCAACCACCCCCCAUUGUUGGCACAGGAUUCGCAGUUGCACAGCCGGAUCCACCGACAGCAACUCCACGACCCAGCGCACCUAUUCGAAGACCGACGUUUCAUAGAAGACCAACUCAGCCUCCGGUUAGAAUUGACACUUGUAUCGUAGGUGACACGAGCACUUGUGACAUCAGUCAGCACGAGGCCUGUGCCACUGUUCAAGGAGUAUCCGCGUGCCACUGUAAGCCAGGAUAUGCGAGGUUGCAGCAUUCUUUACCAUGCAAAAAAAUUAUAAGUAUCGUGGUAUCGAUCAGAGUGGAUAAGAUUUACGAUAGAAAAGUGGUGUGGGACCGAGGAUUUACCGAUAGAGAUUCCGAGCCCUAUCAAACAUUGGCCUACGAAGCAAAUCGAGCUAUCGAAUCUGCUAUGUCGAUGACGCCAUUUUCGGACGAGUAUAUGGGCUCCUUCAUAAAUGGAGUAUAUCAAGGGGAUGUGAGCCAAGGGCAAGGGGGUGUCUUUGUGAACGCAACCUUGAAACUCACUUAUGAACCAAGAACAAUUAGACCAAGCUUAGCAGGGGAGCUACAGAGACAUCUGCUCGGUGUUAUUCACAGAAGAAGCAAUAAUAUAGGGAACAGCGCCCUUUAUGUCGACAGCCCACCUGGAUCUAUAUCAAAUUUACAAGACUUGGACGAGUGUGCGUCGUCAGAGUUGAACGAUUGUCAUUCUUCGGCGAUUUGUACGAAUAAUUGGGGUGGGUUUACUUGCGCUUGUAACCCUGGAUUGAAAGAUCCUCAUAAGGACGAUCCUAAUGAAUCCGGUAGAACAUGUAUUUCGUGUGCUUCGACUUAUUGCAACAAUCGUGGGUCGUGCUCUUACCAGGGUGACCACAUGCAAUGCACGUGUUCUGGUAAUUACUAUGGUACCCAAUGUGAAGUCGACGGAGAGGUUUUGGGAGUAGCGAUAGGAGCGUCUGUAGCAGCUUUAAUAAUCAUAGUCCUGACUUUAGUAUGUCUGAUCAUGUGGAGUCGAAAGUGGUCGCGUGAACAGAAAUCGGUCGGCUCACCAGUCUACGGUUACAUUCAAGGUGGAAUACCUGGUACUCUACCAGGAACUUUAGCAAGGGUCGGUUCUGUAGGUACUCUUGCUUCCGUGAAACAAGGGCCACCGACCAACUUGCCACCCUACAUGUGGGCACACUUUGGCGACCACAUGGCAACUGCCAAUGUAUACGCUACGGAACCUAUGGGUCCAACUCGACCAAGUUCCGCUGUGUUCGGUUAUCCACCUCUCAAUAUCCAUGGAACAUUGCCACCAGUACCAUUGCCACGACUCCAAGCUCCGACAAGACCACGACAAAGACAUCAGCCAGAUCCAGACAGCUCGGAUUCCGAGCCGCAAGAUAAGGACAGGGCUGAUCUGAUUCCUCAGAAUAGUGGUUUUCAUGUUCCCAGGCCAAAGUCCAGGUCAUCGUUGGCGAAUCAAAGCGGAAUUUACAACGACGUGGAAUACGACCAAGGUGAUGUUCACCAUUUAUCGAAAAACAAUAUCCCGAUGUCUACUUACAGGCCGUACUAUCGAACGUGAAAUCCCGGAAAAAACCUAGUUAUAUGUAUAUUGGUAAGGACGCUUGUACUGUGAGAAACGAGAACAAAGAGAACAGAUUUAUCUAGAUAUUUUAAUCGACGUUCUAAUUUAUACCAAUUGUUUCAAUAAAACGAAAAGAAUAUUAAUCGUUGGGAAACGAGAACAUAAGAGAAUGAAAUCAAUGCACCUACUUACGUUCGUAUCAUUGAUCGCAUCAAUGUAAGUCAAUCCGAGCAACUACUUAACUUCUAUUUACAUGUCUGUUAUUCUAUAAAUAUUUAUUGUACUAGUAUUAUCCUCGAAAUACUUCGUAGAAGUCUAAAAAAAAUAUAUUCAGGCUGUUUUUUAACGACCUAAGAAAAGAAGGGUGUAUAACGAACGAUUAACGUGAAAACGAUUGCCCCUUACUAUUAUGUAGUUAAUACCUGUAUUACGUUUAGUUAUUUAUAUUACACGAUAGAGUGACAACUAUGAACGAAAAUGCGAUGCAAUUUGACACUCAGAAAAUGUUCAAUCUUAUUAAAUUACUAACAAUUUCAUUUCUUUACUGUGCGUCAUACUGCAAUCCCCAUUUUCUAAAAUAAUUAUCACUGUAUUGUCGACAGCAAUAUUGCAUGUAUGUAAUGUCACUUACACAAACUUAAAAAGUUUGCUAACAAUUAAGCAAUCUUAAACGUAGAAAUUGCAUUGUAAACUGUAAGAUUUCCUUACGAAACGAGCUGAAACGUAAGGGCGGUAUACUGAAUAAGUAUAUACAAAUAGGACAGUAUACUCAACAAUGCGUUCAUUGCGUUGCGGGGUGCUAAUACCAUAAUUCAAUAUGUAACUUUUGUAAUUAUAUAUUAUAUAUUUUUGCAAAUUGAAUACAGUAUACAUUUGAAAAUUUGCGCGUCAUUGCCUCUUUUUUUUUUAAUUCUCCGAUGCCUACUGUACAAUUCUUCUUCAACGGUGUAAUACGAUACAUAAUAAACGUAAUAAACGUACGCUGGAAAUACUAUGCGCAUACUGAGCAACAUAUUUGUUACAGAUAAUUUCAAUAAACACCAAAUAUCUCGACAAAGCAUGUUAAACAGAGAGAAUAGAAAACUCGAUUAUGCUGAAAAAAGUUUGUUAAGAAAUGUUCCAUAA